AUGUCUCAAGAUUUGACGCAUUUGGUAGACGAGAUCGAGCGGAUUGUGACUGCUCCUUACGCACCGUCGCUGCAGGAUCUAUAUACGCUGCUUCAGAGUAGGACUACUUCGACAGUCAAAUGCUGGGCGCUGCAAAAGCCUUGCCAAAUUGGACUGUUGGCCGAUGUAUUGGUAGAAAGCCUCUCACGGUCGCGAAUCGCUCUUCCACUACUUUCUAUUUUUGUCUCCGAAAUCACAUUCCGAGAUGCAGUCCUACUUCGCCAUCCAGUGAUUCUGGAUGCUUUCUUACAAAAAGCCGUCGAUGGUGGUGAAUCAGAGUAUAAGCUGGCAUGUGUAUCUUUACUCUCCAGUCCAUUCCCGGCAGGGCUUGUGCCUCCUGCUCGGCUUGCCAAUCUGAUCACCUGUUUUGUGACCGCAAUGGCCCGGACCCCAAACGCAGACACAAUCGCGCCCUUGCACACCUUGAUGAAUGGACUUCAGGGAUGCUCACUCCUUCAGCAUGAUGUUCCGACCGAGGUAAUGUCUAAUAUGCAGGUAGAAUUUACGAAGACUUUACGCAACUUGGAUGAUCACAUGGGCAACCUCUUGUGCCUUGCAACAUUUGCACGCAUUGCAUCGAUUCGAACUGUCGGCUUUACUAACAAACACGGACCAGAAGUCCCAUCAUGGCUUCUCAAUAUUCGGCAAUUUUUCGGGCCAAAGCGGGGUCUGAAGACGUUGGACUUGGUCGUCCUCCGGGUCAUCCUUGCUUGCUCAUCGAAUUGUAACAACCUGACUCCCCCGCAGGCAGCUGAAAGUAUUCAACUUGCCAUUUGUAUUGCCGAUGCUAUUGAGCCGGAGCAAAAACAGGCUUGGAUAUCUGGAAAUUCCUCCAAGAUUGCUAAGCUGUGUGAAAAGGUUGCUAGAGAUGGACUGGAUCGGGAAAUUCAGAUGAUUGGCGUUGCCUUUCUCUUAUCUCUUCUUCCUGCGGCCGAUCUUCCUGGCCAUAUUAGAGAGCUUGCAUUGCAUAUUCUUGUCUCAAAGGGCAGCAGGGGCGUGAUGGGAGUCAUGCUACCCCAUCUUAUCCAACGUAUGGCUGAGUCGCUGGUUUGUUCUGAGAAAUCAGCCGUUUAUCAUCUUCUGAGAUUCACUUUUGAAGUUGUCCAAGAGGGUGAUCUACCUGGUCAACACUCACUGUCCGAUCUGCAAUUGGCCAAUUUGAUACUUGCAGGGUUUCAAUCAUCCAAGUCCCCAGUAUUAUUUGACUCCCUUCUUGAUUCAGUCUCUACUAGAGAAUCCGUCCUCGGUCUGCUUGGGAGUUUCCCAGCCAAACCCAAACAGACUCAGUGUCAGGGACUACAAGCCUGCUCUUGUGCUAAGAACUCAUUGCAGAAUCAGCUUCUGAUCAAGAUUUUCGAUAUCUAUUUUGCUGCUGCACUUUCAAGGGGUGGAAAUAACAGUGAGAUUCUUGUCAUGAAAUCUUUUGUUGAGCAUGUUAGGAUCACAAUAUGUGGCAAUGGCUGUUUAUUCUCCACAGCCAUCUUGCAAGACUUUCGAUAUUCAGUCUCUCUGCGCAACAGACAGGACUUUUCAAACACCGAGUAUCCAGUUCGGGAUUGGCGAUUUGAUGUCGCUGAUGUUUUGAUGCAAAAAGCCCAAAGUACCCGCGAGGACAUGAUCAAAAAAAUUGAAGAUGUCUGUGUCGAUUUGGAACGUCGUUGCUAUGAGGUUGAGGGACCGUUGCGUUCCGCAGAAGAAGAGCGCGACCGACACAUUUUCGAAGCCGAAACCCUCAAGCGGCGGAAUGAAGGUCUGGAAAAGCAAUUAGAAAAUUCAUCCAGUGGGAUCUUGGAGCUACAGCAAAACUUUUCUCGUUUAGAGCAACAUGCUGAAAAAGCUCGUGUUCGUGCCGAAGAGAUGUCUGCUGCUCUGAACUCUGCACGACAAGAGCUCGACCAGCAACGUCGCCUCGCUGAAGAAAUCCUCCGCAAGGAACAAGAUUCCUCUUGUGCUCGCGUAGACGAACUGUCAGUCGCUCUAGAGUCCGCACGGCAUGAAUUCGAAGAGCAGCGGCGUCGGUUCACUGAAAUGACCCAUCAAGAGCAAGAAAGCGCUCGGGAUCGAGAAUUAGACCUACUUGCAACUUGCACUGAAAAAGACGACCAGCUUGAGGAGCAGCAAGAGAAGCUCAAACACCUCAAGUCAGAGGUUCGACAAAUGCAGCAGACAUUGGAGGAGUAUAACAGAGAACAAGCCAUAUCGAAUCAAAAUUCCGCCUGUUUGCUUAAGGAGCUUGCGGAAAUUAAUGCAUUGUUUGAAGACAACAAGAUGCUUUGCUCCAAGAAAGAGGACGACAUUCAACGUCUUUUGACGGAGACAGAAAACAUGCAGAUGGAGAUCGAAAAUAUGAAGACAAUGAUUGAUGAGCAGAAUAUGGAAUCCAAGAAGCUUUGCUUUGCACUAGAAGAAGCUCAAGAAGAGUCCCGGCUUGGACUAGAAGCCACGAAACAGAAAUAUGAAAUCGAGCUUACGAGAGCCACAUCAGAGAAUCAGUCCCACAAGGAAGAGAUCGGUCGGCUACAUAUGGCAAUGCAGGUCGCUGCUCAGAAUGCCUCUAAGGAACACCAUUCAAAAGACAAAUGUAUUCACAUGUUGGAAAAGAAGAUUCAAUCUCUCCGAGAUGAGCGAGCCAAUAAAGCUCGCGAAUUUUCCGAGGCGCAGCAACACAUUGGUAGGCUGAUGAACGUCAUGGGCUUCACUGCCAAACCAAUGGAACCACCUGCUUCCACCCAGGAGCCCCAGCCAGGCACAGAACGGAGACAUCCAAGAAACAUGCGCGAGUCUGCAUGCGACGACGAGGAGAGCCAGCUAGCUGAGUCCUUCGAUGAACUAGCUUCUAAUGUCCGGGGUCCCAGCCCCAAACGGUCAAAGGCCAAUCGACUCUCAAUGAACCCCGGAAUCCUGCAGUCAUCUACGACUUCCGCUAACGGGCCAUCCAAACAAAGCUGUCCGGGUUCCACUGUUCAAGUUGUCCGCCGACCUCUUGGACUUAGGGACUGUAAUAGUCCCCGUAAAUCGCAGUCGAGUCAGCCUUCGAAACAAGGCCAAUAUUCAGAAAAUAAGCUGCAGGCUAUCGAUUUGGAUAUGGAUCUGGAGUUCUCCAAGGACUUGUUCUUGAGCAGUACUGCAUUUUCUGGGUCAAAUGACCAACUCGGUCCGCAAUGA